AUGAAUGAGAUGAGUGGCUUUGGAGGCGGCAGUAAAGUGGGCGAAUUCCUUGUUAUGCUCAACAGCACAGAGUCAGUAGACCUGCAAGCUGAUGUGCUCAUGAACGACGAGUUUUGCGCGCUGUUUCAAGCUACGUAUCACCGUGCGGAAAGGCAGUGUCGGAUUAAUUGCAGCACUGCCGCGUCGGAGAUGGAGAGGCUUCCCGAAUGCGUACAAGCUAGAAUUUGCACAUACCUCAAUGCCACAGACCUCGUCAGUGUUUGUGAGGCGAUACCCUGCAUGAAGCAGGUCCUCAAGUCUGCCACUCUUAGAGGCACUUUACGCAAUUACGUGCGACAAAUGCAGUGGGUGGACGAAACACUUCACCGUGGGCUGUAUUCCACAAUUGCGAAGAUGAAGGCAGAGGCGGAUGGUGAAUCGGAGGUGAGGACGGAGUCCGAGGCAGAGGCAGAGGCAGAGGCAGAGGUUCUUUGUAAGGCGAUACGAUACUACCAAGAGGAUUACCAGUACCGUGCCAAGUGUCUGAACCAAAAUCCACCUCCCGACAAAAUGGUCCUAGUAUUUUUAUUGCUUGGUGGUGUCAUGUCCGAUUUGGACGAUACGUUUCCCUUUCUCGAGACAAUGAAGCAUUGGACUGAUGAGGAUGGACAACCUUUGUUUGAAGAUUGCACCCUUCUGUGUGGAAUUAGUAGAAUAACCCUUACCAUGUCUAACUUUCGUAUAUACAUUGAUGUUCAUACUCAAAUAGAGGAAUGGGAGCGUAAUGCUGUGAUUUCGCGGCCUUACAUCCUCCGCAAGUACGACGGCAUCGUGUAUCUUUUCAAUUCGACUAUGCAGUGUCAUGUUCGGCACUGCCUACCAUAUGGCUUGAAGUGCCUCAUGCACAACAUCACCAACGUUGUGUGCGACGGUCGGCGUCCCCCUCCGGCGCUGCUCAUCCUGGACACGUUAAUAGGACAGAAGUGCAGUCAUGCAGAUUGCCUUGUGACCAAUCUGCACACACUGGACGAUGGCACUUUGGGAGGUGUUCAUAAAUGCACUGCCCCAAGUCUUUCCCGAAGUCAUAAAAAAGCGGAAGCAGCACAGGCGAUCGUACGGCGGAGCAUGGGUGCUGCUAUAACAUAG